CAGCUGAUAACGAAAAACAAUCUGCAUCUUCAUUGUAGCAAGAAGCAUCUAGAAAAGUGCAUGUGAUAUUCACGCACCAACCAAUGAUACGUAAAGUGAUGGCUGAGAUAGACGUGAAAUUGGGCAUCCGACAAACGUUGCAGAAAAUCGAGGAAACCUACAGCAAAAGAGCAGCGCUGAGCAAUGCCCCUAAACCUUUACUAGUGGCAGUUAGUAAAACCAAACCGAUCGAACUGAUUCUGGAUGCCUAUUCCGUGGGUCAACGUGACUUCGGCGAAAAUUAUGUGCAGGAGCUGGUGGAUAAAGCAUGCGAUGCUAGAAUCCUGGAACACUGUCAGGACAUUCGGUGGCACUUUAUCGGCCAUUUGCAGAGCAACAAAAUCAAUAAGGUGCUGAAUCUCCCCAACUUGCAUAUGAUCCAAACGGUGCACAGCAUCAAGCUAGCGGAAGGUUUAAACAAGGCGUGGGAAAAGCUGAAGGCGGAUAAUGCAGAAAGACAACCGAAGCUAAAUGUACUGGUACAAAUAAACACCAGCGGCGAAGAUGAAAAAAACGGUGUCCAGCCAGAAGAUGCGGUGGGUCUGUUUCGGUUCGUACUGGACAAGUGUCCUAACUUGAACUGCGAAGGUGUGAUGACGAUCGGUCGAUUUGGACACGACUACACGGCCGGCCCGAAUCCGGACUUUGGCACGCUGAUGAAAUGCCAUCAAGAUAUCUGCAGUACGUUCGAGCGAGACCCAGCCGACCUGCAGGUGUCAAUGGGCAUGUCGGAUGAUUUCGUGCAAGCGAUUGAAGCGGGCAGCACCAUUGUGCGCGUGGGUAGUUCUAUUUUCGGGGCUAGGGCCAAGAAACCAACUGAUGCGUGAGUGAAACGCAUGGCAAACCAUAGCCCGAAGCGCUGUAGGGUUGGGAGAGGCCUAUCGGCUACUGCCAUGUGAAUUUCUCUCAAUCCGAUAGAACACACGCCAUUCACACCGCCGUGUUAAUUUGUGUUUGUGAAAACCGACGAGAUUUUCCCUAGCUUUGUUUUUUUUUCUUCGAAACACCAAAUACCAUCGGGGGCGAUUUUGUAAAAAUCGGAAGAUGGUUGAAUGUAAAAGCAAAAACAGAUAAUACCACGAAUAAACAUUAUAUGAUGCAUACGAUGCCCGAGGAUUGACGCC